AUGUUUGCAUCAUUUGACGUUGUACGUUGGCUUGGUUUGGUAUUUCUAAAGUUUAUUCAAUUAUAUUUACGCCUUCUUUUCGGUGUAAGGGUGAGCAGCGGCCCAUUCAAUAGCCCUGGCGAUGUAGUCGGGGAUGGGGACGGGGGCGGGAGGAGUGGGGAGAAAAUCAGCCUGGGGCUGGUAUCCGAACUCGUUGGCAACGUAGCUCAAGCUGUAUACUUUGCCCUCAGGGGAUUUGUAAGAGCUGGAGCCAGUAACCUCAAGAGCGGCCUCGUCCUUUCCUACAGCCUUCACUGCGCCGGAAGCCUGGCCAGAGAUACCGUUGUCGGUUUCGUAGACAUACUGGAAGUCACCGUUGGGGCUCUGAGCGUAGUCGCUACGGAGGACCUGGGCGACCGGCUCGGAGGCCAGGGCGCAUGCGAAGAUGCAGACGGCAACGAUGAAGGUUUUCAUUUUGAUGUUGCUUAUUCGAACUACUGGUUCAAUCUAAUGCUGGAGUAA